AUGGCCGCGCGUGAGGAGCUGUACAGCAAAGUCACCCCGCGCAGGGACCGCCUGCAGCGCCCGGGCACCGUCAAGCAUGGGUCGGCGCUAGACGUACUCCUGUCCAUGGGCUUCCCCCGCGCCCGUGCGGUUGGGCUGGGGAAGGGCACAGAGCGCAGGUGGCUGUCGCUGCAGCCUUCAGGAAAGAGCGGGGUUGCCAGCGUCCGGCAGCAACAGCAGGAGUCCCCUGGAGCCGGUGCACUCCAGUGCAAGGGGCUGGAACCUCGCCUGACAGAAAGCCGGCGCCGAUUAGCCGGGGUGGGGUUGUUCUCCCAUGUCGGUGACCCCUUCCUGGAUGACCCCCUGCCUCGGGAGUAUGUCCUCUACCUCCGCCCAACCGGCCCGUUAGCCCAGAAGCUGUCUGACUUCUGGCAGCAGUCCAAGCAGAUCUGUGGGAAGAACAAGGCCCACAACAUCUUCCCCCACAUCACCCUCUGCCAGUUCUUCAUGUGUGAGGACAGCAAGGUGGAUGCCCUAGGGGAAGCCCUGCAGACUACGGUCAGUCGCUGGAAGUGUAAGUUCUCAGCCCCGCUGCCCCUGGAGCUCUACACCUCCUCCAACUUCAUUGGGCUCUUCGUCAAGGAAGACAGCGCCGAGGUCCUCAAGAAGUUCGCUGCUGACUUUGCGGCAGAGGCUGCGUCCAAAACAGAAGUGCACGUGGAACCUCAUAAGAAACAGCUGCAUGUGACCCUGGCGUACCAUUUCCAGGCCAGCCACCUACCCACUCUAGAGAAACUCGCCCAGAACAUCGAUGUCAAGCUGGGGUGCGACUGGGUGGCCACCAUAUUCUCUCGGGAUAUUCGAUUUGCUAACCACGAGACGUUGCAGGUGAUCUACCCCUAUUCCCCUCAGAAUGAUGACGAGCUGGAGUUGGUCCCUGGGGACUUCAUCUUCAUGUCUCCCAUGGAACAGACCAGCACCAGUGAGGGCUGGAUUUACGGCACCUCGCUGACCACCGGCUGCUCUGGGCUGCUUCCUGAGAACUACAUCACCAAGGCUGAUGAGUGUAGCACCUGGAUCUUCCAUGGUUCAUACUCCAUCUUAAAUACGGUGUCAUCCAGCUCGCUCACAUUUGGUGAUGGAAUAUUAGAGAGGCGGCAGUAUGAGGACCAAGGACUUGGGGAGACGGCGCCUCUCACUAUCAUCUGCCAGCCCAUGCAGCCCCUGAGAGUCAACAGCCAGCCUGGGCCCCAGAAGCGAUGCCUCUUUGUAUGUCGGCACGGGGAGAGGAUGGAUGUUGUAUUCGGGAAGUACUGGCUAUCCCAGUGCUUUGAUGCCAAAGGCCGCUACAUACGCACCAACCUGAACAUGCCUCAUAGCUUACCUCAGCGGAGCGGCGGUUUCCGGGACUACGAGAAAGAUGCUCCAAUCACUGUGUUUGGGUGUAUGCAGGCAAGGCUAGUGGGUGAAGCCUUGUUAGAAAGUAACACCGUCAUUGAUCACGUGUAUUGCUCUCCAUCCCUGCGCUGUGUUCAGACUGCACAUAAUAUAUUGAAAGGUUUACAACAAGACAAUCACUUGAAGAUCCGGGUCGAGCCAGGCUUAUUUGAAUGGACAAAGUGGGUUGCUGGGAGCACAUUACCGGCAUGGAUACCUCCAUCAGAGUUAGCUGCAGCCAACCUGAGUGUUGAUACAACCUACAGACCUCACAUUCCAGUCGGCAAAUUGGUGAUUUCCGAAUCCUAUGACACCUACAUCAGUAGAAGUUUCCAAGUGACAAAAGAGAUAAUAAGUGAAUGUAAAAGCAAAGGAAAUAACAUUCUGAUUGUAGCCCACGCAUCUUCCCUGGAAGCCUGUACCUGCCAACUCCAAGGCCUGUCCCCUCAGAAUUCCAAGGACUUCGUACAAAUGGUCCGGAAGAUCCCAUACCUAGGCUUUUGUUCCUGUGAAGAACUGGGAGAGACUGGAAUAUGGCAGCUGACAGACCCUCCCAUCCUUCCCCUUACCCAUGGACCCACAGGAGGCUUCAACUGGAGAGAGACCUUGCUGCAAGAAUAAGCCGCCUGAGCGCUGGGAAGAACUGGCCUAUUGCAGAUGAGUUCUCAGGAUGUUCAGUAGCAGGGGAAGAGCCCACCCUGCAUUCCACGUGGACAGCUCAGAAUCAUUUAGCAUAUUUCUUUUCACGCUUAGGGGUCUUACAGUGAGACUGUGUCAAUGAGAGAAAGACAUGAUUCAGAAGGAGAAAAAAAAAUCUGUCUUCUCUGGACUUGCCUAGCUAACAUGGCUUUGGAGAAUUGUCUUCCUAAGCUGGGGCACCUGCUGCCGCAGAGACUACCAUCCUUCUUCAGGCUAUGCAUGGCUAAAGAGCCUCACUCUUCUCCCAGAGAGCUGCCCCCACCCUCCAGAGACAUGGCAAGGGGAAGGACUGUGUUUCCAAUCCAAAUGGGGAUGGGAUAGUCUUUUGUACGCCAUUGGUAAGUUAGGCAAAGCCACACUGAGGAGUGCUUUGGUGGUUAUUAGAAACCAUAAGAAUAGUCCUCAGCUCCUACAGCAGAUUCCAUCCCCAGCAGACGCCAUUCACUAGCGUGCAAGGCACCUGCCUGAGGACUCCAACAUUGACCCUGGGACCACCACUUGACCUCCAGAGCAGCCUGGCCCUUCAUGCUUCUGUCUGUGAAAUGGGGAGAGAAGCACUUUUGCUCUCCAAAGCACUUUGAGAUACUCAGGGGGAAAUAAAGAAAAAUGGGUGACGUAUUGAAUGGGAGGUACGGCGACUUGCAGAAUUAUUUGUCAAGUUGAAAUUACCCCUGUGAUAGCCUGAUGAGCUGUGAAAGCCCUAAGCCAGUCUGAAUCAAGAUCUGUCUUUCCACCCAGGCUCUCUGACUGUGUUAAGCAGUUAAGGAGAUUGACAUCUGGAAGGAUGUAUGUUCGAUUCAUUGUUUGGAUCAGCAAAAACCCCCUUCUGUGCAAUAUGGAUAUUUUUAGAAGCUAUACGGAGGGUCGAGUUGUACACACGCAGUCUCUGUCAACUGUAGCAGGAAGUCCCUAGGUAAACCAGUUCUAGGUUCUGUAAGGAGGUCAGGAGGCCGACUAGGACAAUGACAGUUACACAGCGCUGCUCCUUUUGCUGUCCUCUUUAUUUGCUUUUCUGUGAUAAUUUAAAAUAGACGGAAGGUAGGGCUGCUUGAAGGGAGUUGACAGUCACAGCCUGUCUGUGGACCCUCGUCACAGCUGCUUCCUGUAGUUAGAGAGUGUGUAUUUAAAAAAAAGAAUAAAUGACAAUCAAAGCAAAACGUCACUUAUCAAUGUCUAUUUAAUUGUGUGAAUAGCCGUUAGGGCCCCAGACGUAGCCUGGUAUCAGAUAGUUCACUGUGUAGCGUGUAAGACACUUAGAGAAAUAUUUCGCCAGUGUUCCAUUGGGUAAAUAAGCUGUGAUUCUUGCUAGUACAGAAAGAACAUGGGCCCAGCUUCCGGCAUGGAUGGAACCCAGUGGUGAUGUGUUAAUUAUGUUUUAACCUUAAAAUAUCUUGGAGGAAAGACUCUGAGUAAAAGUCUCAAAGGAAGAGUCACGGGUGCGGCCACUGUGACGUCCCUGUCACUCAUUCCUCUGGCGUCUGUAGUGAAGUGAACCCACUGUUCACUCAGAUUCAGAAUGAUUCACCACUACCUCUCUGGAUUUGGCGUUCCCAGUAAAUAUCAGAGUUCCUUGAUUCUGUCAAGAAGCCAUGGAUAGUGUCUGUGACUGGAAAAAAAAACAAACAGUUCCU